UUUAGUCAGCGAGACAGGUAAAAGACUCCAGAACCAAACAGGCACACAGAUCGAUGCACAUCCCCACGUCAAUACCAGUCACGGAAGCGGGCCGACCGUCUCAUUUUCCAGUCCAAAGCGCCUCAGCAGCUGCCGCACGGCAGCCACGGUGACAGGAAACCGCCCAUCAAUCGGCACCCCAUGGCUGACCGCCGCCUCGGUCGUCCUGACCACAAUUCGCUCUUCAGGGAGAGAAACUGACGCCACAACAGAGCCGCCACCCAGUAACAGCACCAAAAGCCGCAUCGGAACGUACAGAGGGAGAAACUCUGUCGAGGAGUCCACUCGCGAAUCGACGACGAACGGGUCAGAUUCGCCGCUGAAGGCAUCCCGCAGCAUGGCCCGAUAGCCACCGCGCCGCCCCACUGUCACAUCGAGAAUGACAUUCAUCAGGCCCGGGGCCCAAGGAACACUGAGCCGCUCCAGCAACGUGUCGAGGGCAAACGCGCUGAAUGAACGGUAGACUCGGAGGGGUGGCUCACUGGAGCUGAUGCGCGAGUCAGUAUGUCGACAGGUCCGACGCAUGAAUGGAUGCAGCCGCCACAGCCCGUCUCCAUCGAUAAGGCGCAACCGCCUCUCGCCGAAUCGAUACCACUGCACCGCCCGCUUCCUUUGGUGGAGCAAAGAUGGAAUUCGCCAUCCGAUGUAGACGGCAAAAGCAAUAACGAACGCACAAAUCAAAAGGCUAGCCGCCAAGGCAGCAAUCCAGGACAACACGGGCCGGCCCGAGAGCAAGCCAUUGCGGACCCCCUGGUAGGUACACAACAUGCUCUGCACAAGGACCCAAGCGAACCACCGCAGAUAGAUAAGGUAAACGGCUGCAGUCAGGAGUUGCACCAGCGGAUGGAGCGACAUGACAGCGACAGAGGUCUCAUCUCUGGAACUCUCCGUCAGCUGAGCGCCACUGCCGAGAAGACCGCCAAAUAUUUGGCAGACAGCCAUGGCAGCAGGCAGCCGAUGGAAAGUUUCCUUGUCGGGCACAUUAGCCGCCACACUCUCAGCCGACAGCACCACAGGCAGCUGGCCAGCCGCACCGCAGGCACCUGCCACCCUGAUAAAUCUGGCCAUAUGGCGCCACUCAGCCGCCCGCUCGAUGACGUAGGCACAGCGAGCGAGAUACCCAAAUCGCGAGAGGGAUGGUGGGAGGGGAGGGGCCGAGGGGUCGACGCCGCGGUCCCUCUCCACAUCGACGAGGCCGGUGAGCUGCUGUUGGGCGAGAGAGCUGUUGAUGCGACUGAGAAGGAACGCCUCAUCGAUCAGCUGAGUGCCGUAAGCCUUGCUGACUCCCCGGAGCCUUACAGCAUCGUCGACAGGCAGGAGAGGGAUGACCACACGGGCGAAGACGUCAGCAGAAAGCCCUUGGUCAGCGCCAGCACCACCAGCAACGACGACCGAUAGUGGCUCGGUGAGUGAAUCAUCACCUUCAUAAUAACAGAGCCGACAGAGCCAGCGCCAUGUCCACCGGAGCCGACUCAUUCGACCGGCAGCGACAGAGACUCAGAGAUCUGGAAGAUCACGUGUGUGGCUGCAUGGGGGAGCAGCGAGG